AUGGAUCGGGCGCUCGCGCUGGCCCGGCAGGGCCGGGGGCGGACCAGCCCGAACCCGAUGGUGGGCGCGGUCGUGGUGUCUGACGCCGGCGAAGUCGUCAGGCAGCGGAUUCCACGCGCGGGCCGGCGCGGCGCACUGCGGAGGUCUGCGCGCUCGACGAGGCAGGCGCGCUGGCGCGCGGCGCGACGUCUGUACUGCACGCUGGAGCCGUGCGCGCACCAGGGCCGCACCGGGCCGUGCGUGGUGCGCAUUGCCGAGGCUGGCGUCCAACGGGUCGUGGUUGCCGUCGGCGAUCCGAGUCCCAAGGUCAAUGGAGCGGGUAUCGCCUGGCUCAGGCAGCGCGGGAUUCAGGUGGACGUCGGCGUGCGGCGCGCGGAGGCCGCCCGGCUGAACGAGGCCUUCCUGACGUGGGCGGCGAGCGGGCGUCCGUUCGUCACGAUGAAGAUUGCGACGAGCCUCGACGGGCGGAUCGCGUCGCAGCCGGGAGUCCGGACGCCGAUUACCGGGGCCGCCGCGGUGGCUGCCGUGCACGGUACGCGGGCCGAGGUGGAUGCAGUCGGCGUCGGCUCGACCACACAUGCUGACCGACGAUCCACGCCUGACGGCGCGCGCGGCGCCGCGCCGGCUGCCGCUGACGCGGAUCGUCUUCGACCGGCGGUUGCGCACGCCGCCCACCGCGAGGAGUAUUCCAGACGCUGGAGGCCGGUCCGGUCGUCGUCAUGA